CCGGGCGGGGGAGUCGGGAGCCAGAGGGGAGAGGGCGGCGGGUUUUCAUGUGCCCAGCAUGAGCUCCUACUUCGUCAACCCCCUGUUCUCCAAGUACAAAGGCGGCGAGUCCCUGGAGCCGGCCUAUUACGACUGCCGCUUCCCGCAGAGCGUGGGCCGGAGCCAUGCGCUGGUGUACGGGCCCGGCGGCUCGGCGCCCGGCUUCCAGCACGCCUCGCACCACGUCCAAGACUUCUUCCACCACGGCACCUCGGGCAUCUCCAACUCGGGCUACCAGCAGAACCCGUGCUCGCUGAGCUGCCACGGAGACGCCUCCAAAUUCUAUGGCUACGAGGCGCUCCCCAGACAGUCCCUUUAUGGGGCUCAGCAAGAGGCGAGCGUGGUGCAAUAUCCCGACUGUAAAUCCUCCGCCAACACUAACAGUAGCGAAGGACAAGGCCACUUAAAUCAAAACUCGUCUCCCAGCCUCAUGUUUCCAUGGAUGAGACCCCACGCUCCGGGGCGGCGCAGCGGAAGGCAAACUUACAGCCGGUAUCAGACCUUGGAACUAGAAAAGGAGUUUCUCUUUAAUCCUUAUUUGACACGAAAGCGCCGGAUUGAAGUCUCUCACGCCCUGGGACUGACUGAGAGACAAGUGAAGAUCUGGUUCCAGAACCGAAGGAUGAAGUGGAAAAAGGAGAACAACAAGGAUAAACUGCCCGGAGCCCGAGACGAGGAGAAGGUGGAGGAAGAAGGAAAUGAGGAAGAGGAGAAAGAAGAGGAGGAAAAGGAAGAAAACAAGGACUGAGCAAAAAAGAGAGACAUUCCCCCCCCCUUUAGCAACUCCCUUGAAGUUUCGUUUUAUGGUAGCGGAUAAAUUGAGAAGUUUACGACUGUCAUUUGCUUUUAUAGAGAAUAGAAUGACACUCAAAACCCCAACUACCUGUCAGAUACUUGCAGCUCGGGUUUUAUUACCUUUGGACUUCCCCCAAUCUUUAUUUGUUUGGAGACUGGAGGGGGGAGACUGAGACACAGCGAAAAGUUCCGAGUCUCUGUCUCAGUCGUUGCCCCAACACACACACUUGUCCGUCCCCCCACCCUUCUUAGUCCUGCCUGGAUUUUAAGGUCUGAGACCUGGCGUCUUUGCCCCUUCUCCCGGCCCUGUCUUGCCACCCUGCCACCUCCCUGCUUCUCUGGUAUUUAUUUUAGAGGGGAACCCCCUCAAACUGCAGAAGAAGACUCGUGGCUUUGUUUUCAAGCUAGGAUUAGUGUAUUAGAUUGACUUUUUUUUCCCCGAAGGACAGAAGAUUGAAGGAAGGAAGGAAAAGAAAGGGAAGAUGUUCAAAGACAUUUUUUAAAUGAUAGCGAGGAAUAUCCCCUCUCCCUCCCUGGGGCUCCCCGCUUAGAAAGACUCCCUUGACUUUCUCUAGGAACCUGAUGGAAACCUGAAGCAGAUGGGGGUCUCCCCCUCCCUCCUCCCUUUCCACGGGGUAGAUAAGAGCCUGCAGUCACCCGCUAAGAUCCUACCUAGCCAUCCCAUGGUCACUCGGGCCCAUGCCUUCCUCCCCUUUCCUGUCUAAUUUCUGUUGUUGGGCCCAGCUUCCUCUGAGCUGCGUUGGUGUGAGCGCUCAGAAAUCACCAUAAUCAUGAAAAUAAUAAUAAUAAUGAUAAUAAUAAUAAUACUAAUGAUAAUAAAUCUUUAACAUACUACCUAAAGGGAACCUGCAAUAAUCUUGAAAAAAAUAAAAAAGAGAAAUUUUUUAAAAUCCUAAUAUGGGAGAAAAAAAGAGAAAAAAUUUAAAAUAAAAAAAAGAAAGAAACCUCCAACGUAUUUUAUCACUACCUAUAGGAAGAAAUCCCGCUUUGAGAGUAUUUGUAAUGCGGAUUUGUUGUCGUUUGUUGCUGCUUAUUUCAAUAAGAAAAACCCAACAACUGAGACUGCCUAGCCCGACGGUCCUGUGCGCUAUUAUUGUGCUUCUAACCCCAGUAGAGUAGAACUAAAUUGCACUGAAUGUAUAGUUAACUCUGUCUUGAAUUCUCUGUUUAUGCAAUGUGCUUGAAAGAAAAAAAAACGUUUAAAAUUAUCUAUAAUAAUAAUUUUUCGUCAUUUGUCUUUAUGUCCAGCUAUGAAUGUAGAUUUUGUGUCCCAGCAGCCCUGUUUCUGGUCCAAGUACUUUGUAUUGUAUACGUGAGUCAUAAUAAAAAAAAAAAGAGGAGAAAAAUAGUUGAAGCUGCAAUGACUGACUUGUUUUU